CAGGUGGAGGCAGGCUCAACCUGUGCAGUGUUUGGCCUGGGGGCGCUGGGCCUUGCAGCAAUCAUGGGCUGCAAAGCAGCUGGGGCAGCGAGGAUUAUUGGAAUCGAUCUCAACCCCGAUAAGUUCAAAACUGCUCGGGAGUUCGGUGCCACAGACGUGGUGAACCCAAAGGAUCACAGCAAGCCGAUCCAAGAGGUCCUGGUGGAGAUGACAGAUGGAGGUGUGGACUACUCCUUUGAAUGUGUGGGCAAUGUGGCAAUCAUGAGGGCAGCCCUGGAGGCCUGUCAUAAAGGAUGGGGCACCAGUGUCAUCAUUGGGGUGGCAGCAGCCGGACAAGAGAUCUCCACCCGGCCUUUCCAGCUGGUGACUGGACGCACCUGGAAAGGCACUGCUUUUGGAGGAUACAAGAGUGUGGAAAGUGUCCCCAAACUGGUGGAGGAGUACAUGAACAAGAAGCUCAAAGUGGAUGAAUUUGUGACUCACACUCUGCCCUUCGAGAAGAUCACUGAUGGUUUUGAUCUCAUGCAUGCUGGGAAAUGCAUCCGCGUCGUCCUUCAGUUCUAGAUGCAGAAGAGCAGAGGAAACCAUGAUGUCACUCCAAGUUUACGCUGCUCAGUUUAAUAAAUAAUCUGUCAAAUUUC